AUGAAGCUACUCUAUCUCUUGUCAGCUGCGAACACCCCCUUCAGCGUCUCUGGAAGAUGGAUCCUUGACUCUGCUGGGUCCCCCGUCACCUUCGCCGGCGUGAACUGGCCCGGUGCAGGCGAGGCCAUGGUCCCAGAAGGCCUCCAAUACGCCUCCAUCGAGUCGACCGUCUCCAAGAUAAAGUCCCUAGGAAUGAACGUCAUCCGACUGACCUUCCCGAUUGAACUGGUCGACAACAUCCUCGACACCGGAGACAUCACCGUCCAGGACUCCUUCAUCAACGCCUUAGGAUCCGAGAAUGGAACCGCCGUGUUUAACCAGAUCACCGCAUCCAAUCCCCAAAUCACAAACACCACGACCAGACUGGCUGUCUACGACAUGGUCGCGGAAGAGUGCAACGCCCAGGGAAUAUACGUACACCUCGACAACCACAUCUCCAAAGCAAUGUGGUGCUGCUCCAACGACGACGGCAACGCCUGGUUCGGGGACACAUACUUCAAUGUGGAGAAUUGGAAGCGCGGACUCGAAUACAUGGCUUCUCACGCAAGCUCCUGGCCUUCAUUCACCGGUAUCGGCCUCCGUAAUGAACUGCGCGAACCGAGCACAGAAAACCCUGAUUACCCAUACAAUUGGGAAACGUGGUAUACGGAGAUGACAUCCGCAGCAGAGGCAGUGAACGCCGCGAAUCCAGACGCAUUGAUCUACCUAUCCGGUCUGAAUUACGAUACGACACUCUCACCCAUCCCGACAGGCGAAGAUCUCGGUUCCGGGACGAAAUUCUCUCUCUCAGACUUCGCGUACGCAGAGAAACUCGUUCUCGAACUACACAACUACGACACCACCGCCACGAGCUGCGACGACCUCUCCGGCUCGCUCUGGAACGGCGGCUUCAACGCGCAAGACACCAACGACACAUCCAUCGUCAACGUCAUGCCGGUCGUGCUGACCGAGUUCGGCUUCGCGCAGGAUCAGUCCACCUGGCAGAGCGUCUACGCGAGCUGUAUCCGGGAGUGGAUUCCUGAGCAGCAGGCCGGGUGGAUGGUUUGGACGAUUAGCGGCAGUUACUAUAUCCGCGAGGGCACGCAGGACUCGGAUGAUACUUGGGGGAUUUUGGAUCAUACCUGGUCGGACUGGCGCAAUCAGGAGGCUAUUGAGCAGGGACUGCAGGGUAUGGUGGAUGCGUCUAUCUGA